AUGUCAUUUUGGACAUCUUACCGCUCGCUAAAACCUCGGACCCGUCUUCUCUUCGGCCUAGGCCUGAUGGGUUACGCAGCCUUUGGAAUGUGGGCAUCACCCAAACUCGAGCAAUCGCUAGGCAUGACUCCGUCAAAGGAGGAGCAGGCAGAACUUGACCGGAAACUCUCGAUCAACGUCUCGAGGGUGGAUAAAUGA